ACUCUGCAGGUGAUAGAGGAGCUGGUCAUGUGACCUUCAACUGCAUAUCACAGAAUUAUACAGUAGUCUGCCUUAAACCGACGAUCGGCCCUCGGACAGCCUGAGUCCACCACUGAUGGCUCAAACCUGUCAUUACAUGAACAAUAGAAUAAACGACACAGGAAGAGGUCGCGACCUACAUUGUAUUUAUCUGUAUUUCCGUCUGAUGCUAAGACAGUCGGCAGAAAGGCAUCAUGGAGGUCACAUCUCUCUGCAUUAGACUGUUGUUGAAUGUGUUGUUGCUGCUGGCUGCACAUAGUCACCACAGUUAUGCUAAGAAAGGCGAUGCAGCUUUUCUUUCGAUCAUUCCAACCAGACUGCAGUUCUUUGAAUAUGAGUCGCUCUUUUUUACCUGUGAGGGGUUUACCGGCUCAGCUAAAUGGAGAGGGGUGAGGAACAUCAAGGAAUACAUCCCGACGUGUUCUAAUAGCACAGUGACCUCAACGGUAACCUGCGCCAUAUCCAGUGCCUUUGAAACAGACAGUGGAGAAUACUGGUGUGAAGCUGAAGGAGGAGAGAGAAGCAACACUGUCAACAUCACUGUCACUGCUGGUUCUGUGAUCCUGGAGAGUCCUGCUCUCCCUGUGAUGGAGGGAGACGCUGUGACUCUGCGCUGCAGGAACAAUACGUCGUCCACCAACCUUCCAGCUGUCUUCUCUAAAGAUGGCCUCUUCAUUGGGAGCAGCUCUGUGGGUAAAAUAACAAUCCACAGUGUCUACAAGUCUCACGAAGGACUUUACAAGUGUAACAUCUCUGGAGUUGGAGAAUCAGCAGAAAGCUGGCUGGCUGUCAGAGCGCUUCACAAAGAGACUUUAAGGAUUGUUUUAACCGCAGUGAUGGUAGCUCUGUUGCUGCUGCUGCUGGUUGGACUGCUGAACGGUGGGAAACUCAGUCACACCACAUGUCCCACAUAAAUAAGGAACCACUUGCGUAAG